UACAUGUACUAUUGCAUAGUUAAUAUCUCAAUAGUUAAACGUUAUCUAACCAAUUAUGAGAUACUAAAUUGUAGUAGUUGUAUUGUCUUUAAAUAAUACGUCAGUGACAAAGUGUUUUGGAAAUAUGAAGCAACUUGCAUUGUUAGUUUCCAUCGUAUCAGUUUGUUCCGCAAGUAUUCUCAAAGAUCCUAAAGAACGUUAUCGCGAGGGCGAUCGUUACUUUCUCUUUCCUGGCGAUGGAGAUGGUCAGCUCCAUCUCGUGGAUACUAAAGCGCCAAUAGAGAAUCGCUUUAUAAAAUCAUCCCGAAACUCGAGUUAUAACAACUACUGGCUUUUUACCAGAUCCCAUCCCAUAAAAGCGCAGAUUCUCGCUUACAAUGACGUCAACAGUAUACAAAACUCUGAUUUUAAUAUAACAAAAACAACAGUGUUUCUAGUUCACGGCUGGCUGGGAAGUGGAAACAAUGAAAUGAAUAAAAAACUAACAGAAGCGUUUUUAGAAAAUGACGAUGUCAAUGUAAUAGUUGUCGAUUGGAGCGAACUGGCCGGUCACAAUUACGUAACAGCGAAGAAUGGCGUUGCCGCUAUCGGAGAAGGUCUCGGCAAGUUCAUCAAUUGGCUCGUAUCAUUAGGAGCCUCAUAUGAUAGGAUGCAUGUUGUCGGAUUUAGUCUGGGAGCACACAUUGUGGGUAACGCUGGACGUUAUACAGAAUCUCAAGUGAAAAGGAUAACAGCUUUAGACCCCGCCGGUCCACUCUGGAAGGGCGAUGCAAAACGUCUGAAAAAAACCGACGCGCGAUAUGUCGAAGUCAUUCACACAAACACCUUAAUGUUUGGAUAUAUGGACCCGUUGGGUGAUGCUGAUUUCUAUCCAAAUGGGGGUUCUUUUAUGCCAGGCUGCUUAAUCAGCGUUUGUUCCCAUAGCAAAGGAUACGAAUAUAUGGCAAUUUCAGUGAAACACAACAAUCUUAAUGCUAAUGAAUGCAAUAGUUUAAACGACGUAAGAGGCAAUCGCUGCAACGGAGAUCCUUACCCCAUGGGCAAUAGCGAUUUAAAUAAGUCACGGUCUGGAAUUUUUCGGGUCAACACCAAAUAAGUAUAAGGUUAUUUGUAAAUUAUUGUUAAAAUAUUGUAAAUAUUUGCUACUAAAAUAAAUGUCUUUAUAAUUA